UUGCACCACUGUACUCCAGCAUAGGUGAGAGCAAGACUCUGUUUCUAAAAAAAUAAAAAAAAGUAAAUCAAUUAUUGGGCAUGUACUAUAUGCCAUGUAGUUGGUGGAGACAUAGCAGGAGAUACAACAAAUACUUCCCUAUCUGUGUGGCAAAUAUUAAACUUGCAAUAAACCUUGCAAAGACAAAGAUAAAAUUUGUAGAGAUGUCAAAAAUAAACAUAUAAUUGCAAGUCACAUCCAUUUCUCUUUCUCUGCUAUUCCUGCUCUCUGCUUCCCUCUUCUGCUUCUCCCUUCUCCGUCACAGACACUCCAACAUCCCUCUGUAGUCACUGAGAGAUAACCCUGGUUCCUUCCCGUCUUCCUCCUCCUCCCCAGUGUGUUACAGCUGAUUUGUACAGUCCUGGAAAGAGCAAUGGUUAAAUAGCUAGGAAUUUCAUCAGCCCGGUUGGUAAACUGUUGGUAGCUUAAAAUCAGACAUGCUAUGAGUAUUGACACCAGAGAAAUAGGCCAACACUACGAGGCAGAAUUUGUGGGUAUUGUUUUUCUGUGAGUUUUUCAGCACACCACUGCUCUGCCAUUGGCUUCCAGCAAAUAGAUGUUGCAUUUUUCAAAUAUAUCCUAAUUCUUUCAUAGAUAUUCAGUCUGCACUCCACCUCUGGCCAAGUCUUUCCUGAUGGUGGGAAGUUGGGGACUUGAGUCCUAUAUUGUACUGUGAGGGUAGAGAAUAGAAGAGAAAGCAUGAGAGAAAAGCAUGAAAAGGAGAAUCAAAAGAAAAGCAAUAUGGGAAGGAAAGAGAAAGAACAGAGAAGUGGGAAGCCAGUGGAGGGUAGAAACUAGGCUGAAAGACAUGGGGAGAAGCCGAUGGCCACUGCACAGCGUCCCCAGAGGUAGUUGGGUCAUUUCCCCAUCUGGGGUACAGAGGUGGCCAGGGAGCCCAUGAGAAAUGAGGAAACUGCCUUCCCAAACUACUGGAGAACCAGGGUGGGGGUGGCGAUCCACACAGCUGGCCUGAGGAGGAAAGAGGGCUGGGAGUCUGGACCAGGGGGACCCUAGGGUCAAGAUGCCACAGUUUCUAAUCGUGGAGGGCCUGGGGAUUGGGACUUCUGGGUCUGAGGGAGGAGGGACUGGGGUCCUGGACUCCUGGGUCUGAGGGAGGAGGGACAGGGGGCUUGGACUCCUGGGUCUGAGGGAGGAGGGGCUGGGGGUCUGGACCACUGGGUCUGAAUCCCUGGGUCUGAAGGAGGAGGGGCUGAGGGGCUGGGGGUCCUGGACCCUCCAUCUGAGGGAGGACGGGCUGGGGGCCUGGAUCCGAAGGUGUGAGGGAGAAAGGGGGUCCCUGAUAGACCGGUGGGGCAGUCGAGACUUGGGGUGGGGCCCAGGCCUCCAUUUAGCAAGGCCCUCCCCUCCCCACCCUUUCCUGGGCUGGCUCCUUAAGGGCUGGUAUAAAGGACUUAUUUCCUGGUGAAAAAGCAGAAAGAGAUUACCAGCCACAGACGGGUGAUGAGCCCGGUGUUACUGCUGGCCCUCCUGGGGGUCACCUUCCCACUGCCAGGAGUGCAGGAACUGCUCUGCCAGCUUGGGACACUUAAGGAGGUGUGGAAUGUGUCCCAGCUACCCGUGCACUGGACCCCUAAGGAGAUCAGCUGUGACAGCGGCUUGGGGUGCCAGGACACCAUGGUGCUCAUUGAGAGCGGACCCCAAGUGAGCUUGGUGCUCUCCAAGGGCUGCACAGAGGCCAAGGACCAGGAGCCCCGCAUCACUGAGCACCGGAUGGGCCCCGGCCUCUCCGUGCUCUCCUACACCUAUGUGUGCCGCCACAAGGACUUCUGCAACAACCUAGUGACCACUGCCCCGCUUUGGACCCCGCAGCCCCCAGCAGGUGCCUGCCUGAGGGUCGGAGGAGAGGGAGGGGCUGUCAGGAGAGGUUCCGAGCCAGGAUCCUUGAGGUGCCCAGUCUGCUUGUCUAUGGAAGGCUGUCCGGAGGGGACGACAGAAGAGAUGUGCCCCAAGGGGACCACGCACUGUUAUAAUGGCCUCCUCAGGUUCAGGGGAGAAGGCAUCUUCUCCAAUCUGAGAGUCCAGGGAUGCUUGCCCCAGCCAGGUUGCAACCUGCUCAAUGGGACACAGGAAAUUGGGCCCGUGCGCAUGACUGAGAACUGCAAGAAGAAAGAUUUUCUGCAGCUCAAGCCAGUAGAAUUUCUUGAGGAACACAACGUGGGAGAGAAAGGGAGUGGUCAAGGACACCACCAACCUUUUCAGCUAGGCCGGCAGAGAAGAGCCACCACAGAUUUUCUGACCUGCCAUCGGGGGAACUCUUUGCAGAAGGAUGAUAACUUGGCUCAAGUACCCAUUGAAUGGACCAUGUCUAAUACCGUGAUGUGCGAGGCGGGCCAGGUGUGUCAGGAGACGCUGCUGCUCAUAGAUGUAGGACACACAUCGACCCUGGUGUGGAGCAAAGGCUGCAGCGCUGUUGGGGCUCAAAAUUCCCAGAAGACCUCCAUCCACUCAGCCCCUCCUGGGGUGCUCGUGGCCUCCUAUGCCCACUUCUGCUCCUCAGACCUGUGCAAUGGUGCCAGCAGCAGCAGCGUCCUGCUGAACUCCCUCCCUCCUCAAGGUGCCCCAGAGCCAGGAGACCAGCAGUGUCUUACCUGUGUGCAGCCCUUCGAAACCUGCUCAAGUGACUCCCCAGUAAAGACCUGCCCCAGGGGCACCACUCAUUGUUAUGAUGGGUACAUUAGUCUCUCAGGAGGUGGGGUAACCACCACAAUGGGCAUUCAGGGCUGUGUGGCCCAACCUUCCAGCUCCUUGUUGAAGCACACCAGACAAAUCGGGAUCUUCUCUGUGCGUGAGAAGGGUGAUUCUGAGAGCGGUGGGGCUGGGGGCCUGGAGUCUCUCACUUGGGGGGUGGGGCUGGCACUGGCCCUGGCGCUUUGGUGGGGGGCUCUUUGCCCUUCCUGCUAACUCCAUUUCCCCCACGAUUCUUCACCCCUGCUGACCACCACACUCAACCAUCCCUCUGACCUCGUAACUUAAUGGCCUUGGACACCAAAUUCUUUUCCCAUCCUGCCCAUGAAUUAUCUUCCCCACACACAAUCAUUCAUGUCUACUCACCUAAUAGCGACCCUGGGGAGAGCCUGGAGCAGCUGGACUUGUCCUAUGGGAGAGGGGACGUUGGAGGAGUGGCUGCAUGUAUCUGAAUAAUAAAGACCUUGUCCUUUCUUCCAGUGCUGAGGUUUCUCCAUGUGAGGGGACAGCAGGACACCCAGGGAUCUAGUGUGGGGGAGGAGAGGAACCUAAUGAAAAAAUGAUCAUCCAAAGCCUGCGCUUUACUGGUCUGGUUCACGUCUCCAAACCAGCUUGGAUGGUAGCAGAGAC